GAAACACUCUUUGCAAAAACACUUUAUUAGAAGCACUUAUCAGAGUUCUGACUUGAAUCUUAACUAAAUUGCAAUUUAGUCAUUUUACAACACAUUUACGUUGUGUUCUUCACUGCUUGGAGCUUAUUCUACAUCAUCCCUCCACAGACUAAACCAAGAGAGCUCCAACGUUUCCAGUAACCAGUAUGUCCAGCAGCUCAACAAAGUGUUUCAGGUCUGUACAUGUGCAACAGUUGUUUUCACAUCUAAUCAGUUCACAACAAUUACCAUGCUGCACUUUGAGACCAAUGAAAUUCACCGUGUGUCAAACAUGGAUCUGAUAUUUGGUUUUAAGAUUUAGUUUGAUUUAAUUUUCUGGUCCAGGUUCUCCGGGGGAACGUCAUCGACUUUGUGGAGGAGGAGCUCAAUAAGUUUCAGGAGGAUCUGCGUAACCCAGAAAUGUUUGAGAGUCCGAGGGGUGUCGAGGAUGAAGGGAUCAGCAGAGAGGCAUUUCGAGAGAUCACAGUGGACUUCCUGAGGAGAAUGAAUCAGGAUGUGCUGGCCGACCUGCUGCAGAGGAGUAGCCCUUCUUCAGUUUGCAAACAGAAACUCAAAUCCAACCUGAAGGAGAAGUUCCAGUGUGUGUUUGAGGGGAUUGCUAAAGCAGGAAACCCAACCCUUCUGAACCAGAUCUACACAGAGCUCUACAUCACAGAGGGAGGGACUGGAGAGGUCAAUGAUGAACACGAGGUCAGACAGAUUGAAACAGCAUCCAGGAAACCACACAGACCAGAAACAACCAUCAGACAAGAAGACAUCUUUAAAGCCUCACCUGGAAGAGAUGAACCAAUCAGAACAGUGAUGACAAAGGGAGUGGCUGGCAUCGGGAAAACAGUCUUAACACAGAAGUUCACUCUGGACUGGGCUGAAGACAAAGCCAACCAGGACAUACAGUUCACAUUUCCAUUCACUUUCAGAGAGCUGAAUGUGCUGAAAGAGAAAAAGUUCAGCUUGGUGGAACUUGUUCAUCACUUCUUUACUGAAACCAAAGAAGCAGGAAUCUGCAGGUUUGAAGAGUUCCAGGUUGUGUUCAUCUUUGACGGUCUGGAUGAGUGUCGACUUCCUCUGGACUUCCACAACACAAAAAUCCUGACUGACGUUACCAAGUCUACCUCAGUGGAUGUGCUGCUGACAAACCUCAUCAGGGGGAACCUGCUUCCCUCUGCUCGCCUCUGGAUAACCACACGACCUGCAGCAGCCAAUCAGAUCCCUCCUGAGUGUGUUGACAUGGUGACAGAGGUCAGAGGGUUCACUGACCCACUGAAGGAAGAGUACUUCAGGAAGAGGUUCAGAGAUGAGGAUCAGGCCAACAGAAUCAUCUCCCACAUCAAGACAUCCAGAAGCCUCCACAUCAUGUGCCACAUCCCAGUCUUCUGCUGGAUCACUGCUACAGUUCUGGAGGAUGUGCUGAAGACCAGAGAGGGACUGGUGUGA